AUGAUCCUUUCCACGAGGGCCCCCCAGACCUCUGCCCAAGCAGCAGCAACAGCAGCAGCAGCAGCAGCAAGACCUUGGAAUCAACAAGGGGGGCCCCCCUGUGGGUUUCGAAUGGCGUUUGUGGCUCCCCGGGGCCCCAAGGAAUCAAAAGACAGGGGCCCUGCAGACCCGCAGCAGCAGCAGCAGCAGCAGCAGCAGCAGAGUGGCAUGACCAAGGGUGUAUGUACUGGCUCCAGCCCUUCUGAAGCAUUGACAGCAGCUGCGGCGGCCCCCGCAGCAGCAACUGCAGCAGGAGAAGCAGCAGCAGCAGAAGCAGCAGCAGCAGAAGCAGCAGGAGAGUCAGCAGCAGCAGCAGCAGGGCCUCCAGUGCUUGUGGAAUGCUUCUAUGUCUCCGGCAGCAAACUGCUGGCAGCAAAAGAAGUCGAAAUAAUUUCUAAAAGGGUACUGGAGGCCCAGGGGGCCCCCCUUGGUGCUGCCUUUAUUUUAUCUGCUGCAGCUUUUGCUGCUGCAUGCAAACAGUUUGCUGCUGAGGUGCAGCAGCUCUAUGUCCAAGGCGGCUGGCUGCUGGCCACAGUCGAGCGAGUGCCCUCCCCAGCGCAGCAGCAGCAGCAGCAAGAGCAGCAGCACCAGCAGCAAGAGCAGCAGCAGCAGCAAGAGCAACAGCAGCAGCAGCAGCAAGAGCAGCAGCAGCAGCUGCUGCUGCGGGUGGAGUUCAGGGCUAAAGAGCCGCUGCUGGACUCUCCGCCGCUUGCUGUGGAGUUCGCAUCGGCUGGGGCGGAGGAGCAGCAGCAGAAAGCAGCAGCAGCAGCAACAGCAGCAGCAGCAGCACCAGCAGCAGCGGCAGCAGCAGCAGGCAGGACUAGAAGCAAAACCCUUGAGUGGUUUCUGGGGCUCCAGGGAGGGGCCCCUUUUAGGUGGAAUGCCCAGAGGUGGGAGGCCCUCCUCAGAAGUGGGCUGUUUGAGAGCGCGUCUGCUGCUGCAGCACUGCAGCAAAACGGCAGCGUGAAGCUGCUGCUGCAGCUAAAGGAAAGCCAGCGGCGCCGAUUGUCUCCAG